GUAUCCUGAACCUUUUACUUUCUCAUCCUCUCUGCUGGACACCGGGCUCACAGGAUCUCUGACACCAUGAAAGGUUUGAGGUCAAUCACAUUAACUUAUGUAGGCCUACUCACCCUUUUACUGCUGGCCUCAUUUAUCUCGCAGUCGUGGAGCGCACCGAAGGGCUCUUUCCAACGGAGAAACUGGACCCCGCAGGCUAUGCUGUACCUCAAGGGCACUCAGGGACGAAGAUUCAUCUCAGAGGACCGAAAAGAAGGCGAUGUCUAUGACACAUUACACUUAGAGACCCGCAGUCAGAACACAGAGAAGCUGAGCGUGGACCAGGCGGCCACCGUCCUGCUUAACUUCCUGCAGCAGGCCAGAGAGGCAGCCGAUGAAAACCCAGAUGAGGUGUAUUUCCAGGAGCUGCCAGUGUGGAAGAGAGAAUACUUCUGAUCGUCUUUCAUACAUUUCUAAAGCUGAUAGAUAACACAUCU